GCAAUUCACACAAAUCAUAUCCACUCCUCUCAACAUCACACUCCAAAUUUUCUAUUUUAAGCAAACCUCUCUCUAUUUCAGCAUGCAGUGGUCAACCCAGAUUCUCCCACCGGAACCAUUUUCUCCAUCACCGCUCAGCGCCGCCCACCAAGAAUUCUCCAUCAUGGUUUCUGCUCUGCAGAACGUCAUGAACGGCGGAGAUGCCACGUUGGAUGCGAAUUUUGAUUCCCAGCCUCAUUUCUCUUCAUUCUCGGCCGCAGCAUCUACCACAACGACUUUGACGAUCCCGCAGACGGCAUUCGAAGGAUUCGCGGAGCUGCCGCCGUUACAGGACACGUGUCAGCUCUGCAAAUACGAGGGGUGUUUGGGGUGCAACUUCUUUGCGGCCCCUGACGCCCGUCAAAUGGCGAAGAAGAAGAAAAGCAACGCGGUGGUGAUGAAGAGGAAGAAGAAUAAUUACAGGGGAGUGAGGCAGAGGCCGUGGGGUAAAUGGGCGGCCGAGAUUCGAGAUCCGAGGAAGGCGGUCCGAGUUUGGCUGGGAACCUUCAAGACGGCCGAGGAGGCGGCCCGGGCUUACGACAGAGCCGCCAUUGAGUUUAGAGGUCCGAGAGCCAAGCUCAAUUUCUCAUUUGCCGAUUACACCAACAUUACUACCAUGCCAGCGACUAUGACCUCAAAAACAAGACAAAAACACGAUAGAAGCCCUUCAACAUCCUCCUCUGUCUCCCAGCAGCCGCGGCAACAAGUAGUACAAGAAAACAGUGAUCACGAGACAAAUUGGUCGGCGCCGGCGAAAAUGGAAAUGAGGAACGGGGACGAGGAGUUUCAAGAAUGGAUGAGGAUGCUGAUGGAUUUCAACGACGUCUCUUCCGAUUACAUUCUUCAACUACAAUAAACUUUCAGAGGCAAUCAAUAGGAAAUUCAAUUGUUUGGAUAAUAUGUUCUAUUUUUUUCUUUUUCUUUUUUUCUGUAAUAGUUUCAUAAUUUUUAUUCGGAAAUUAUAAGAAUGAAGAUACUUAGAUACAGAUGAUGACCAUUGUCGGGUGGGGAGAAACAACAGACAUGUGGGGUAGGGGGAAAUGGUUUCCGACCAUAAAUUAUCCACCUUUCAUGCCUAUGACCUUUGUAGGUCAAAACUUCCCAAUUUAGACUCACAUGUCCCUAUAGGCUAUAGCGGAUUAGAAAGUUGCUGACGUACGUCGUGACGAACGAUGAAUCCGACAAUGUAUUAUUUAAGAAAGGAUAAUGUUACCUACAUCAAAAUUUCACCAAAAUUUUUCUA